AACAAUGUUGCGUUAACAAAAUUCAAUUGCGUUUCCUCGACUCGAUAAUCCUCUCCAUCUCUGGCUCAAAUGCUGCCAAGGUGAGGCUGAAUCGUGCGGCUUUUGGUGCUACCUACAUGCCUAAUUCUCUGUACACGAAGGUGGAUUUAGGGAUCCAUCUAUUUGCCUCAUACAAAUGAUAUUCCUCCGUCAUUUAAUCUUAUCUGCUCAUGAGUAUUCAUGGACUCGGCCACGAUAGCUUCAUUUGGCAGGGCUUCACAGUCAUGUCAUCGCCAUCAAACACUCCACAAAACGAUCAAACUGAGCAUUUACACAUGCCUUGUAGCAAAAACAAUGUCUUCCAUCAUCAAGGCCAUCUCAAGAUCCUCUUCUGAGGCAGACCUUUCACGAAACCCUUCCCACGAAGCCCGCCGACAACUCUCAUGGCUUAACUACUGCGCCAAGAACCACAAGUCCUGCAAUGAGCCCUGGGAAGAUGAGUUUUUCCCAACUCGUCUGGUGGACGUAAGUUCCUUUCCAUUUAUACGACUUAUCAAAACCAAAGAUUUGGAAACGAGAGAUCGGAGAUACGUUGCACUGAAUUACUGCUGGGGCCUGCCAAUGCAAGAUGAGGGCAAAACCGUCCUCGCAACCCUUGAGGCCCACCAGAAUGCAAUUGUGCUCGAGAAACUCCCAUAACACUAAGAGAUGUAGUCGAAGUCACGAGAUCUCUUUCGUUUCCAUUCAUCUGGAUCGAUGCGUUGUGCAUCAUACAAGAUAGCAGACCAGAUUGGCAGUACGAGCUGGAAAACAUGGCC